UUAAACUAAAUAUUAUGCCAAAAGUAUUCAAAGUUAACGGCAGUAUUAGUGUUCACUGCGAGUCUAAACUAGUGGUCGGCAAACAAAGUCUAGUAUCGCUAUCACUGACCAAGGACAAACACGCAUUCGCUACUAUUAAUAUGUUUGGUCAAAGGUCGUUUGAUAGAACUCAAGGAGUUAGAAAUAUAACUUGGUUGCAAUCAUCUACACAACCGCCAAUAGUGCAUGUUAAAAUAGGAAAUGCUACCAGGCUAACUUCGGGAAUGUAUAGAUGCGAACUCACGUAUAGGAAUACGACCAGCGGAUUUAGUUUCAACUCCUAUUCAAACUAUAUGGUUUUACGCAAUACGGGCACCUCGUUCCGG